CGACCAGAGGUCGGGCGGGAAACACAAUUUACCAGUACUGGUUGCAAGAAGGGGUGACAAGCUAGCUUUCUGGAGGGACUUUCCAAAUUACUAAAGAAAGUGGUAGGAGGCAUUGUUUAUUAUGUCUCUUCCGAAAGCGCCCUUCACAUUGCUAACCUCCAUGUCAACACCUGAGGGAAAAAAAUUAAAAGUCUCAGCAGCCAAAGAAGAGACAGGACUGCCUGAGCUAAAGGAGAAAAAGAAUAUGGUGCAUCAUUCAGAACCGCUUCUGGCAUCCCUUCCAAAUGAGUUCAUCCCUGAGGAAGUUCUUCUUUCUCUGAGCUCUGCCGCGGACGCUGGUCCUUGUCCUGAUACCUUACUGCCUCCUAAGAAGGUUAAAACCCCGAAGGGUACUCUUCCACGUCCUGCUGACCAAGUCUGGCAUCACCCUAUUCGAAGAACUAAGUUCAAGUACCUGAUUGACCAUCCCGUUUCAGUAACGGGUGCUGGAAGGGAUAUUUCUUUUCUGUAUGAUGUUAAAUAUAUUAAAGGAAAAACCAAGAAAUACUCGGUUUGUCCCCCACAUUUGGACUGUUCAUUACAGUCAAGAGAUGGUGUCAUUGUGCCUCAUAAGCCAAAGAAACUAACAGAUACUUUGAUUCCUGAAGAAUUUCAUAUUGUGUCAAAUUUAGGAGUUUCAGGUUUGGAGUGUUAUGAUGAUAAAUAUACUACUCUCCUCACAGAUCAUGAAAACAGGCUAUUGCUCUUCCCAUCCAUGAAACCUAAUAAAAGAGUAGAAGUGGUCCAGCUGAAUGAUGUGAUGGACGCCAUGCUAGAGAGGGCUGGUGUGGAGGAUCAGGAGUAUACAGGGCCAACCAAGAUGCACAAACUCCUGCAUAUACUGAAGAAGGAACAGACUAUUUACAAUACAGUAUUUCAUGAACUUAUUCGACAAGUCAGUGUGGACUGUGCAGAUAGAGGAGAACUACUGUCCAAAAUCAGAGAGCGGUACGUACAAAUGCUUGACCAAAUUGCCAGGCAGAUGAUUGACUUCUACAAAGACAUGGUCACUCAGCAAGUAAUGGACCAGCGCAUUUUAGAAGAAUUGUGCAAUUUUAAGAAUGUUAUUGAAGAACUGACCAGGGAGCUGUGUAUGGUUCGGGCACAUGAUACAGAAUUAGCAAAGGAAGCAGAGAAGGCCCACAGCGAUUUGGCACAAGCUCUCUUAGAUGCUGAAAAGAAUGCUAAGAUUGUAGAAGAAUACCAUGACUUAUACACAUUACAAAGAGGAAGGAUGGAGCAUGAUAUUCAGCAGUUAAUGACAGAAAGAGAUCUCUGGAGCUCAGCCACAUAUGAAUUGGCCUUAAAGGUAAUUCAAAGAAAUAGAGUUGUGUUGGCUAAAAGACUUUACCUCAAUGAAAAAGGUUGGAAUAAAUAUGUGAAGCAUUUCAUCAUACUGCUGUCAACCAAGGACACCGCAGACCUUGCACAAUUGGAGAGAUUGACACAGAAAUGGAGAACCUUAAUGAAUAAAUUUAAAACCGAAGUGGAACAAAAUGAAGAAUCUACAAGAGAGAAAUUGCAAAUUGUUAAUGAUGGCCUUACCAAGUGGCAGCAGUUUUUCAGAAAUAAUAGUAAAAAAGACAGUUUAUCUCCUGAUAAAGAAAAUGUAUUCCAGCCAGUUAUUGCGGAUUUCAAGCAGUGGCAACAGAUACUGAAUGAAGACAAAGAAAAGUUUACUGGGGACUUUCUAGUGUUGAAAUAUGAUUCUCUCAAGACCAUUAAACGUUUGCAGGAAAACUGGACAGAUACUGGGUUUGGGAUAUUUGGUCGCCAUAAAAGUUUGGAGGGGGAGGUGCCGCCAGAGCAACAGCACAUGGAGGAAAUUGUGAAAACCAUUAGGAGACUUUACAAAGAAUUUGAAAUAAGAAUAAAUGGGGAUAAUGGUAUCUCUCAAAUUCUUCCAAGUGUGAUUAGUUCUCUUGAAUUCUGUUCUUUCAAGAUGGAAAGUGUCCUAGAGUUUCCUGAAAUGUAUCUUGAAGAAUGGGAGGGACUUAAUAUAAAAAUUAAGGAAAUGAAAUCUCAGUUGGAUACCUUGUUAAGCAUUGUUGGUACCGUUCCUCAGUGUGCAGACAUGGAUUCUGGCUCGGCACUUCAAGCACAAAUAUUUAAUAUGAUUCAACAAUGGCUUUUGAAGAUAGCCAAUGAGAUUCACAAUGGUAACAUUGAAUUUCAGCGCCAGAACUUCAGCUUUGAUGGGUUUAUACCCUUGACCGAACUAAAGAGGAAGAGUUGUUGCAGAGGGAUAGUAAGAGCUAUGGCCCUGAGUAAAGCGGGUCGCCUAGAAAAAAAUCCUGCUAAAGAUCUUAAUGAGCUGAAUGAGAUGAAGAGAGAAUGUUAUGCGUGGAUCACCACAUGUUCUCACCUCCUUUCUGGGCUUAAAGGCAGAAAAAUAAAGUUACUGACACUGGAAGAAAAGGAUCACCUGUUUGGAGAAGAGGAAUUUUUAAAAGGAUUAAUUGAGCCUGAAAUAGACAGGCUUUUUAGAGAAGAUGAAGAAGAAAGUACGGAGGAUAAGAAACUUAAGAAGGAAAAGGAAGAAGAGAAAGAAGAAGAGAAGCCUUCAGCAUCUGCAGAAGAAAAAAAACUCAUUCGAAAAAUUGAAGAAGAUGAAAAUGUUCAUACCAAACCUCUAUUUGAAACAGAUGCACUCUCUUCCUGGCAUAUUCAUUCAGCAGAUUCCGUGAAGAACUAUGAUUACCAUAUACCUCCAACCACAAGAAUUUAUGGGAGACUGGAAACUUUUAGAAACUUAGUAGGAAAAAAGGUCUGGGGAAUGGAGCAAAAUGCCAGCCGGGUGUAUAAUUACUUGCAAGAUCCUGGAGGUAAAGCAGAAUCACGUUUGUUCUAUGCGGUGGUGGCCGGAACACUCACAGGCAGAAAGGGGUCAGCAGGGGCUCACACAGAAGAGACCCCAUCGUGCUUGGCCAGCAGAGACAAGGUAGAUAUUUGGGGCUGGGGGUACCCAGAGAAUGAAGAUUCCUUCAACUGGCUUCUGAAGUCAGGGAUUUGGGGCCGGAGCUGGAGCUGGGGCAAGGCCAUCUUGGACAGCGCUGCAGGCCAGGCUACACUGGCCCCCGUGCUGCCUGACCGCAUGCCUAGUAGGGCUGGCUACAGCUCAGCUGCCCCAACAAACAAGAUACUGGAAACGGUCUCUUUCAGGCUCGUCUUCACACCACAGAUUCCGGGUAUCCAUAAAGGGUUUGAAGUGUGUGAGGAUGAUAGGAGAUUUUGCUGGAUCGCCUGUGAACUCCUGCAGAAGGAUGAGCAGGGGCCAGAUUUCGGGGGAUCAGCACCAUUUUGUUGUGUUUCUCUGGACUUUGUCCACAUCAGAGAGCUUGAAAGCAGAGCCAGACAAGCAGAGGAGAAGUUUGAGGCAGUAAAUGAGAAAUUUCAUUAUACCCUUGUAAGAAAUAAAGAACUGGAGAGAGAAGUAGAGCGUUUGAUGAGGUCUCAAGAGAAGGAAGCUGAAGAAGGAAGAGAAGAAAAUGAAAGAGAAAGAGGAGGAGAAGAAGAGGAGGAAGAGCAAGGAGAAGAAAUCAAGCCAGUAGACCAGUCCUCAAAGUCUGUAAAGAAAGAAGUGCAGCGCAACCCUAAAUCCAGAACCCGGACCAAACCCAAUAAGACCAAACCCACGGAACAUCCUUAGGGUGCUGGGUGCUACCAAGCUGACAGUGUGGCUCCAUCCGGAGGACUCCCUGUGCUGCAGCUACUAGAGAUGCCAUGAGUAUUUUCUUUAUAAAAGCUGCAGCAAUGGCUGCAGGGAAUAAGUGUAUUAGCUUAUUUCCCAGAUUAAAAAUAACUUGUGCAAAA